AUGUUUACGUCCAGCUUCCUGAGAAGUGGGACAGAGUGCGAACUGCACCUGUCACACAGUCGAUUAUAGAGGCACACUGGCUCUCAAAUGAGCCACUGCAAGAUAGUGUAAAGGAAGACUACAGUAAGAGCUGCCAUGCUGAGAAGAGGCAGAAAUGGCCGGGCUCUGCAUUUGGCCUGGAGCGAAGUACGGCAAGAGACAGAUGCCAUGGCAGUGAUCCAGACACUGGACAGAGAGGAGUGGGAAGGCCAGACAACGACACAGAUCAGCGACUUGGAGUCUGAAGUGGAUUACCUGGAGAGUUCUCAGGCUGUAUCUGAGGUGGUGGCCUUGCCCAGCACAGUACCGGUGACAGGGGAGUCUUUCUGCCAGUGUGACCGACAGGAAGAGUUCAGCCCAGGAUUCGCUCUUACCAGUGACUGCCUCUGUGGGGAGGAGGAUCAGGGUUUUGACUGGGUAUGGGACGAGGACUUCAAGUCCUCUGGAGUCUUCCUCAGCUGUGACAACAGGAAGGUGAGCUUUCACUCAGACUACAGCUGCGGCACAGCUGCCAUGCGUGGCACCAAGGAGCUGACAGACGGCCAACACUUCUGGGAAAUCAAGAUGACCUCUCCCGUCUAUGGAACCGAUAUGAUGGUGGGAAUUGGAACUUCAGAGGUGAACCUGGAGAAAUUCAAAUACAGCUUUGGCAGCCUGCUGGGCCACGAUGAAGACAGCUGGGGGCUCUCAUACACAGGUCUCCUCCAGCACAAAGGGGACAAAGAGAAGUUCUCCUCUCGAUUUGGACAAGGCUCCAUCAUAGGAGUACACCUGGACACGUGGCAUGGUACCCUGACCUUCUACAAGAAUCGACACUGCAUAGGUGUCGCUGCCACAAAACUGCAGAACAAGAAGUUCUACCCCAUGGUAUGCUCCACAGCAGCCAAGAGCAGUAUGAAGGUAAUCCGUGCCUGCCAUACACCCACCUCUCUGCAGUACCAUUGCUGUGCCCGGCUCCGCCAAAUGUUGCCCGACUGCCCAGACCUGCUUAAUGCUCUAGAGCUGCCCCCAGGUCUGCGCACCCUCCUCCACACACAGCUGGGCUGGGUCUUCACCCUCAGCAGCAGCCCCGAAGCCUCAGAGCAGCACGGGGACUUGCCUGAGGACUUCCACGAGGCCCCUAGCUCCAGCCCCAUCCCGAGCCCGGUAUCUACCUUGAGUGCCUGCACCUCCCCGAGCCCCUGUACCAGUCCAUUACCUGACACAGUCUCAUACCGGUGCUCCUGUCAGACGUCACCUCAAACUCAACCCUGCACUUGCCACUGCCCUCCAACUCCUCCCAGCAGUGACUACGAUAGCUGCUGCUCUGAGCCAGAGGAUUACCAAUGCAAAAGAUGCCGUUGGACAUGACUUAGUUGUAACGCAUUUGGUGCACAGCUAUUCUACCAUUGCCAUCAAUGUCUCCUGUUGGAAAACAUGGAUAAAAGAGCAACCUCGUCUUUUAGUCAAUAUCUGAGUGGAUCGUUGCUUCUCUUACUUUAUCUAGCAAUUUUGUGUCAUUCAAACAACUUUGUCAGUAAAUGGGGAGAAGGAAGAGAGUCUGUAGUGUCUGAGACAUUUAAUGCAGUCGAGAUAUUAGAGUGACACAGGGGUCAUUCAUUCUCAUUUUAGCCAAGUUUUAUCACAGGGCUCAUAAGAGCCAUAUGUAUUGCUAAUUUCUUUUUUUGUUUUGUUUCAUCUUUUAAUAUGCCAGUCACUGUCUUUGGAAGGCCUACUGUUGACAAAAAAACAAAAAAACAUACGAACAAACAAACAAAAAAAACAAAACAAAAAAACAAGUAUACAUUAUUCUUUCUCAGGGAUAGACUCCAGGGGAAAGGAGUUGCUUUUUGAUACUGUGGAAAUGACUUUUUGUAAAUGUGUUUUGUAAUCAGCGUUUGGCUUGACUAUCAACUGCGGUUGCUUUCUUGCUUACAAGACGAUUUGCUACUCAGCUGUGUUUUUUUCUUUGUACAGUUAUGCUUUGUUUAUUAACUUUCUUACUCAGGCAGUUCUAUAAAAUAAAAAG